AUGGGUCACUGUUUUUCGUCCGUCAACGACGACGACGGCUGUCGCGCUUCAGCGCGCGAGCGACGCCGAGAGUCACGGAGGAAGGGCGAGUCGCUGCAGAGUGGCUGUCUUUCAGGGCUGCCGGGCGACGCGGCGAGCAGCAAGGAGAUGGAGCGCCGCGUGGCGGCUUAUCUGGCGGCGGAGCAGCAGCGGGACGGCCAGCUGGCACAGCUGACCAAUCGCGGAACGGCGAAUGGGUUCGUGCCACGUAAAGGCAUCAACCAAGACUCCAUGGUUGCAUGGCAGUCCUUCGCAGGACCCGCCUCCGUGCUGUGCGCCGUGAUGGACGGCCAUGGCCGCUUCGGCCACACAGUCUCGGCUCGCGUCAGGGACUCCUUCCCCUCGCUGCUCGCCCGCCGCCUCUUCCCGCACGCUGCGCAUGAGCGCUCGGAACACGUCUUAGAGCCGUCAGAGGAGCAGGGAUCAAAAGACAAGUCAGAGGAUCGUUUGGAGGAGCCAUCAGAGGAGCACGGACACGUGGCGGAGCAGCAGUGGAGGGAAGCCGUGUGCGGCGCGUUCGAGGCCGUUGACCACGAGGUGAAGCUGCAUCCGGCCGUUGAUCCGCUCAUCAGUGGCAGCACGGCGGUGGUGGCUAUGGUUCAACACGACCACCUCUUCCUCGCCAACCUUGGGGAUUCUCGUGCCGUACUCGCCAGACGAGCACACUCACCUGCUUCCUGGGAUGCCACAUCAGCUGCUGACGUGGCUCCCUGUCAUUCUGCCACGUCAGCCAACGCAACCGGACCCACCACUACCAGUCCAGCCCACUGCCAACGUGACCAAUCAGAUCAACCCAGCUGUCACGCUCUCGAGGCCCUCGCCCUGACUUCUGACCACAAGUGCUCCGAUCCAACGGAGGCCGCCCGGAUCCGGAAAACGGGCGGCAGAGUGGAGGCGCUAGAGGACGAGAAGCACGUCCAGAGGAUCUGGCUGCCCAAUGAGAUAGCGCCGGGGCUCGUCACCUCCCGGGCGGUGGGCGAUUUCCUGCUGAAGGGAUUCGGAGUCACUUGCGAGCCUGAUGUUACCGUGUUACCAGUGGACGAUGGAGACGAAUUCGUCAUCCUGGCGACCGACGGGGUGUGGGACGUGCUCUCUCACGAGGAGGCUGUCUCCAUCGUUGCCACGUCACCAUCCCCUGCCACGUCAGCGGAACGCCUGGAGAAGCCGGCUCGGGAGAACCUGCCGAAGCAGGAGAGGGUGGGCAGUGCGUGGCAUUGA